AGGACCAGCGUUGUCUUCACAUGCAGUCCCGGGACCACAGCCCAUGCAUGGCCCCUCAGCAGACAACAUAGUGGGCUGCUGGGAAAGAUCGGAGCAAGUGAGCAUCCUCCUCUGCGGUCACAGCAUGAUUUUCUGGGCGAAGUCCCGCAUUGGAACGCAGCUGGGGCUCAGUCAGUGGGCCUCAGUGCGGUGGCUUGGGCGCCGGGGGAUGCGUUGGGACGGUCUCCUGCCUACCUUGUUCCAGUCGGCUGUGGACCGGGCGGUGCCCCAGGUGCUGGUCAUCCACCUGGGAGGUAAUGACUUGGGCCUGUUGAAGGGCAAGGCCCUGAUCGAACAUGCAUGUAGUGACCUCCAGGCCAUUGCGCUGCGCUGGCCGGGGGUGCACUUGGUAUGGUCUGACAUCCUGCCGCGCAGGACGUGGAAUUGUGCUGGUGACCCACAGGGAAUGGGCAGGGCUCGGAAGAAGGUUAAUAGACAGAUUCAGAGGGCCAUCAAGGGCCUGGGGGGUUCUGUCAUACACCACCCAGAGAUCAAGCACGAUAGGCUGGAGUUGUUCAGGCCAGAUGGCGUGCACUUGACUGACGGGGGCAAUGACAUCUUCCUGAUGGACCUGCAGAGGGGUGUGCACCAGAUUCUUAUCGGGUGUGGGGUAAAGGGAGACUAAGCAGAGGCUUGUCCCCCUUUUGUGGCAAGGAAGCGUGGGGGAAAGGUUAAAAGGGAAAGGGCAGCUAGGUGACACCUUUAGGCACCUUUGGGGGUGAUUGGCGGUCCGGGAGCCUGCACC